AUGGGUCAUCAGGGGAUGGAGCGAGAUGAAUCAAGGAGUGGCUCACAGUUUGCAGGAGGCUUGAGGAGAGCAGCAAGAGUAGUUACCAUAAGCAAAGCUUACUCUCUUGAGUUGAAAAAAAUUAUAGACAAGAAGUUAUGGUUGAAAUUAAAUAGUGGCAAACACGUCCAAGGAAUAUUGCAGGAAUUUGAUCCCUUUAUGAAUCUUGUGAUAGAUGAACGUGUGGAGAUGACAACUAGUGGGCAACAGAACAAUAUUAGAAUGGGGGUAAUAGGUGGAAAUCAUAUCACCAUGUUAGAAGCCUUGGAAUGAGUAUAAAUGAUGGUUCAGCAGAGAAAACAGGCCUCCCUCCUUUUAUAAUUUCUGCCCUUAACUUCUUCAGGGGCCUAAAACCGGCCCCCGUCCAAAGAGCCUGUUUUACUUACUAUAAUGACAAAAUCUGGUUGUGUAUAUUUUCAUAUUUAA